AUGAAGCCAAUUCAGACGACGGUCUUGAUAUUUAAUUGGCCUAUGCUACUAUCAGCUAUGGGCGUUUGGGAUUUAUCGGAAUUAUCUAACACGAUAGGUCUUCCUGUUGCAACCACGGAGAGUCAUGUUGGAGCAUUGUCUCACUUGAGCAAACCCAAACCACAUGACACUUCAUCUCAACCUUCCGUUUCUUCACAUAUUUUGCCUGUUGCAGACGAACAGCCUUUGGAAACUCUCACAAACUCCUUCGAUCAUCUUGAAAUCACGCAGCCCGUUUUCCCUAAUUCAGAGGCAUAUCAUGAGUCAGAGCGAUUUUCCUACUUUGGUCUGCAAGGUUCCUCGAGUACAUCCAACCCGCUGCUUCAGGAUUCGACAUCUGCUAGUCUUGUGAAUGAAGAACCCCGAAAGCGCGCACCAGUUCCAUUGUUGGAAUCAGGACUACUCAAGCGCCCAGCCAACACUCAUGAAGAAUUUGAAUAUCAACCUUCCAGGAAAAAACUCCUUCGGGGUCCUACGUCAUUUGACAUUGGUCAAGUAGAAAAAUAUCCGCCAUCCGUGUAUACCGACUUUCAUACCUCGGAUUCAUCAACUCGCCCGAAUCAGCAACCCUCGACGUUACAAUUCAAACCCCUUCCGAGUUCUGCACUCGACUCUGAAAUGCAUCAUGAUUUCAACCUCGAAGAACUGCGUUUUGAACCUAAUAUAGCUAAUAUUCCAUUUGAUAUUGAAAAUCAACAAUCAACACUAGCCAUUCAAAGAUACUACGGGAAAGCUUGGCCUCAAGAAAAACAAAACAAGGAGAAAUUGAGGAAUAAACACUUUGAAGGAAAUUUAGAUCAGAAAUUGGUACCAAAUUCAAAUCAUCAAUUGGAUUCACCCAGAGCAUUAAUUGAUAGAAUUCAACGGGAAUUUGAAUCAUCUUCGGAUUCAUUACCUAUGAAUGAAGUAUUGGAUAAUUAUUUAGACAUUUUAACUAUUUGCUCUGAAGUAAUUUCCUCUAACGGUAUACCUACAAACAUGGAAAAAGAUGUUCGUGAUGGUUACAAAUGGUUGAAGGAAGAAUUCAAAAGAGGGCUACAAAUCUCAUAUCAGAAACAGAGUGGGGGCUUCAAGAGUAUUGUUCAUAGAAGUUAUUGGUUGGGUAAUAGAUCAUAUAAAACAAACUAUGAAAUUAUGGCUGCCAAGUAUGUAUUAGAAUUUAUGCGUCAAGAACGAGAUCACUGGAUCGAGCAUUUAACUCCUCGGAUUGCUCGUGAGUUAUUGGCCAGAACUUUAUUGAUCUCAGCAAAAAGGGUACGACCAUUGAAAUAUAGUGGUGGACCGGGAAGAAUAUCAUAA